ACAAGCUGUGAUGAGCAGUUUUCUUUAACCUACAUCGACAUUACAUUGUGCAGCUGCCCUUCUCGGCUCUGGUGAGUUGCAGAGCCACCGGCUGGGGUUGCCGGCCAUCCUCCCAUCCUUCCUUUGUCCGCUUUGGUGAUGUCCUCCCUGACUGCCCUGCUGUUCACUGGAGGAGUGAAUCCAGACACAUUGGACAGAUUUUAGAUGCCAAGCCAACAGAUCCCUGCAGGGCUACAGAAAGACCAGGACCAGUGUAAUGCAUCCACUUGGUUCCAGCAGGUCCGGUUUGUUCCAGGGUUGGCCUUUAGGUGGCAGUAGAGGGGUAGGCCCCAGGUUUAUGAGCGACGUCUGAGAAACGAAGGAGAUUGUUUGUGGCGGAGUAACAAGUUCCGAUAAAAGACCUGCCACCUGUGAAAAGUAGCCGGCGGGUCUUGUUUCAUUUCAGCAUCCAUUGUAGAAAUGCAGGCUGAUGGAGGAGAGGAGACGGCGGCAGCCUCUUGGCCUUCAGUCAAGCCUGUUUGGGCUUUGCUGGAAGAAGCGGGCCAAAUGAAGAUGGAGGGGAACGCUUUCUACCGGGAAAAGAAGAUACGUGCGGCUGUUGGCCGUUAUCACCGUGCUCUGUUGGUUCUUCGAAGCCUGGACUCGGAGGUGACAUCGGCGUUGAAAGGAUUUGGACCCGAGAGGCCGUCUCUCACCGCAGAGCAAGAGACAUUGCUAAGAAACACACAAGUGGACUGCUACAACAACCUAGCUGCCUGUUUGCUGCAGCGGCAGAGUGUCGACUAUGCACGCGUCCAAGACUACAGUUUGCGGGUGUUAGAGAGGCGCCCGGGUGACGCCAAAGCCCUGUACAGGGCUGGCGUGGCCACCCUGGAGCUGGGAGACGCCCAGAGAGCCAAGCAUUACCUGACGCAGGCCUGCAAGGUGCAGCCCAGCGAUGCCAAUGUGAGGAGAUACCUGCAGAGGGCGGAGGAGAAUCUGAGUCGUGCGUUACUCCAGGAGAAGGCCAUGUACAGAGGCAUGUUUGCCUCCAGCACAAAGACCAGUCCUGCGGACGCAGGAGGGGACUUGGCUAAAGUUAAGCAGCUUGCAGAGCAACUGAAGAAGCCUAUGGAAUGAAAACCUGAACGCACCGAUGUUGCUGAGCCUGGAAGCAGUCGAUGUCCAGCUCCACGCCUUGCUCCAUCAGCCCGACCACCACAGCCCGAGACAGGCCGGAAAGACGGGAGAUCUCCUCCACCAUUGGGGACUCCUCAGGCAUCUUGGGACUGGACCGGAACUCCUGCAUCAAACUGCUACGCUGAGACACGGGAGCGGACCCGGGACCCACGCCAAACGCGAAGGCGCCGGCCUCGGAUGACGGCCCGACACUCCAGUCCAGCGAUCGAGAGAAGGCUGCCGGUCCCAAAGCAGAAGUGGCUCCAGGAGCCGACGUGACCUCCAGAGAACUCCGGUGGCUCAGGGAGGUGGGACAGGUGGAGAUGCGAGGCCGUGCUCGGAGCGCUGGGCCGGGUGUGGAAGAGGCUUGUGAAGGUGCUGCAGCAGCUGACUCACCGCCCAGAUUGACACUUUUGGGUUUGUCCACGACGCCCCUGUUGGCGUUCAAACCAGGAGCAAGGUUCAAGUUUAGGUUGAGAUGCAAGUUGAUGUUCAGAUCCUCUCCGGUGGCAGAGGGAAGGCUACCCAGGUUGAUUGAGUUCCUGGUGGCCUUCUUGCCAGCGGUGCUGAGGCUGACUCGAGCCGAGUUACCCAGGAGCGAUGUGCAAGGUGUCAGACCGGAAGGGGUACUGCGGCUCUCAAAGGCAGACAAGGACUGGGUGGAACCGUGACCUUUACCAGGCGUGCUGUGGCCUCUGGGUGCGACUGAACACGGGGGAGCAACCGAACUCAGAUCGGGGAUGGAGAGGUUUAUCCGAUGGUGGUACUGGUUAGCUAGCCGAGAGAUGUACUGCUCCAGCUGGGUCAGAGAGGUCUGGGCUUUGGGAUUCGGACAUCGGCUGUCCAGACCUCUGGACUCUGUAGGUUCGUCCGGCUGGUUUCCUUCGGGACUUGGUGAAAGCGGUCGCUCCUGAGUCUGCGUGGUGAAAAGGGGACUCUGGAGGGCGACGGCAUGCAAGGGACUGGGAUAUGGAUACACCUCUUUUGUCCUACGCGACACCAGGUCUUCACAGUAGCACGGGUCCAGCUGGGGUGUGGGCGCAUGGGAGGAGAGGGCGUCACGGUCGAGAUUUAGGAGAGAAGAAAUCAAAGAGUGGUUGAGGCCCGAGCACAGGUUGGACAGAAAGCUGAGACCAGGCACCUCAAUGCCACCUGGAACUGUAAGACAAGGAGGACUAGAUGAUAGAAGGAACCCUCAAUGAUGGUACCUGUGCUGGUUUAUGUUCUCUCACCUGAAACUGCCGAGUCCUCCAGUGGCUCGGGUUCCUUGUGUGGCUGCUUGAGUCCAGGCUGCUGCAACGCACCGUCUGACCACAAACUGUCGGUGUUGUCGGCGGACGUGGGGACCUGGUCCCAAAGCUUGAGGGGUCUGACCGUGUGGGCGGUCUCGCUGGACACGGAGUAGCAGGAGUCGGACAGAGAACUGCCACUCACGGAAUAAAAGCCUUCAACACAAGACGUGCACAUUGCAAAGACACGGGGAAGUUGACCGGUUCUAAGAACUGGAUCCACUUGGAAGUUAUGGUGACGCCUCGGGAUUGAAAUGUCACGGUUCUUUUCCAAACACUCCAAGUGAAAAAAGGAGGUGCCAAUAAGUUAGCUCUUAAGAGGGAUGUGCCAUUUGGGUGGAGGUGCUCACCAAGGCUGAGUUUGGCAAGAAAAGCCAGUGAGUCCGCCUGAAGUCACACCAAGUCCAAGUCAACAAAGUCAGAAAGAGCCUGGUUCGAGUUUAGGAUGGAUUCUCUUAACGCAACACUGGCACUCACUACUUUGUAGUCGUGUGUGUGUGUGUGUGUGUGUGUGUGUGUUACUGUACCUGAGCUAGGUCUGGAGUCACAGUCCAGGUGGACCGCACCACCCGAGUCGGGUGUGGGGGGUGACAGCAGAUCGGAGGGGGCGUCCCAGGAUAGCGUGGACCAGCGGGAGUUGCUCCCCCCGCCUAGUGAAGUAUACGCCGCCCUGUCGCCGGGGUUACUGCCAGAGUUGUCCGGGUUCCUCGGACAGGGGGGGGAGGGGGCCUGGGAGAACAAAGCAAGAUGUGUGUGGGGCAGGUUUUAUAAACCACC